AUGAGACCUCUCCAUCACGCCAUUCGCGAGGUGGUGCGUUUCGGGAAGGUGGACGUUCAGCAGGUUGGUGGGCGACGGCGUAUGGGAGGCCUCUCGCUCGCAUCGACCGUAGACAGGAGGAAGAAGGACGGCGUUGAUGCCAGGCGGCCGACAGCGGCGAUGGAGCUAAAGCGGGCCGCGGAGGUGCAGAAGUGCGCCGAUAAGGGGUGGAAGAGCGCGCUAAUCUGUCUCGGAAACAUGCGCAAGGGAGGCGUUGCUCCCGGGUCGUCGGCGUACAACGUCGCCCUGAAGGCGUGCGCAGGGGCGGGGGAGUGGGGCCGUGCGGCCGCGCUCGUGGAGGACAUGCAGGGCUCCGGCGCAAUCCCUGACGAGACCAUAGUAGCGGAGAUCAGGGCGGCUGGCGACAAUGUCGUUGUGAUGGAACUUGGGGACAAUGACGACUUGUCGUGCGAUUCUGGUGGUGAUGUGUCGUCUGUUCUUUCCGGUGCCGCGAGAAACAAGGGGGGGGAGAGCGGUGGAGGCAUCCAAGAUGCCGCGUGGCCCUCCCGGCGACCAACGAACAGCAACAACAGCACGGGUACGAGCGGCGGCGGUGACUUUGGCAGCGCUGCCACCAGGGGCUCGUCAGGGAGAUCUUUGGGCAGCAUCGCGUGGGGCGGGCGUCGAUGGCGCAGCCAACACGAUGAAAACGAAGAUGAAAACGCCUCCUCGGCGUCUCCUGCGACAAGGGGGGUCCGUGUUGUCAAGGAGGGGGGGUCACCGGCGUGGUCAUCCGUGGCUUCGGCCCCCUUCGCGGGGUCUUGGGGGGACGAUUGAGAGCAAGCUUCAGGCCCCCUUUGUCCCUGCUGUGAUAGAUGAAAUGUUCUUUGGGUACGAUAGUGUGUAGCGUGUGAAGAGUGGUUUGACAGGUGGAGCUUCUUUGGUGGCGUUGUUAUUUUGUUUUUUUCAGCUACACGAGCAGAUAGGGCGGCGUGAUAGUUGAAGUUGAACCACGGUGUGAAGGACUUCCGGUUCGCGAAAGCGUCCCCUCUCGCCGCAUGUGAUUGUGGUUUGUCCGGAAGAGUUGGGAGUUGUUUUACGUGUUGGUUUUGUGAAGCUCGCGUUGUGACCGUUCGCACCGUGGUGUGUCCACCCUUGCCCUAGCUUGGGUGGGGUGGGUGAGUCGGACAUCACUCGGGGAGGACGGGAUACCGAGUCUUGCCACGCCUUAGCAUCCCUACCUGGCCGAAAUGCCGAGACGAGGCGCUUUCGUCGAUUAACGGGAAUUGUUGCUUUCCUCCUCCAAAGCAUGAAUCUCUGCGAGAGAUGUCCAGCGAGCUGCAGCUAUGGUGAUCUUCCUCCGCCAGGAGGCCGAGGAGGGUGUGUGGGGAUUCUCGGUGAGACCUGAACUAUGAACUGAAGUCUUACCAUCGGACGUUGGAUAGCGACCCACGGCAGUUCAGACCCGUCGCCGAGAUCGGGUUGGUGGGACUGUUGUUGUUGUUGGUUGCCGAGAUCCUAUCGUUGUCUGCUGUCCUUGAAUGAUUGUAUUCGGGGGGCGAUGGAAUUUGGCCCACCCUCACAUGGGGCGCAACACCCAUAGCAUAGCAUAGCAUAGCAUAGCAUAGCAUAGCAUAGCACAGCACAGCAUAGCAUACCAUGCCAUCAGGCGAUCGGUCUGAUGGCUUGAACUAUGGUGUGGUUUUUGAGUCCCGCCCAAGGGCAGGCCGAGUGGUAGUCACCGGGCGCGGGGUGGGGUGUUUUCUUAGAUGCCUUGAGGGCGACCCAAAGGUGUCAUGAACAGUGGGCGCCGCCACCAAAGCGCAAGCACAAGUCGUAAGAGGCGUUCGCGAUAGGCAGGAGGGUGCCCUCCGGUAGCCUUCGCAAGGGUAUGUAUCUUGGUCUUAGUAGUAGGGGGGUUAGGGUUAAGUGUAAGGGAUAGGGAUACGAAACCCCCUCUACUCUCAUAAAUUAAUUUUUAAUCCUCGAGAAGGCUGCCCGGCUUGUAUGAUGUGGCCAAAGCAAAGUAUUCCUACCUUACGUAUAACUUUCUCGUAUGGUCUGGUU